UUAUUAAUGCAAAAUUGGUGACAGAGUUGAGUGAUUAGAAAACCAAUGGCAUAUCUGAUAUCCCUUUAAAAUAUUAAAAAAAUAUUAAUAUGUUCAUAUAAAGUUUCAAAUUUAAUAAACAAAAUAAUUCCAAAUAGUGUUUUUUAGGCUGAUAUUAUUACUACUUAAAAGAAAAAAAGAACAUAAAAAUAGAGGCCAUGUUUUGCUCUACCAUUCCCAAAGCCGAUUCUCUUUGGAAAUUUGGUAGAAGAAGUGGUAGUGGGUAAGAAUCUUUAAAAAAGCUUACUUUCUCCCCCCUUCACUUCCAUUCUCAUCAAUUUCUCUUUUGUCUUCCUCUUUUUGCAAUAUCAUCAAAAACCAGCCCUAACAGAGCAGCUGAACCUAACAUCAUCAUCAUCCAUGGCGGCACCGAUCUGGCUAUGGGCUUUCUCUGUAGCCCUAACUCUGGUUCCGUCUGUUUUUGGAAACUCUGAAGGAGAUGCUCUUUACACGUUGAGAAAAAGUUUGACCGAUCCAGAUAACAUACUCCAGAGCUGGGAUCCGAACCUUGUUAAUCCUUGUACUUGGUUUCACAUCACUUGUAACCAAAAUAAUCGAGUCACUCGAGUAGAUUUAGGUAAUUCCAACCUGUCUGGACAUUUGGUACCUGAGCUUGGGAAGCUUGAGCAUUUGCAGUAUCUGGAGCUUUACAAAAAUGACAUCCAGGGAACCAUCCCAACUGAACUUGGGAACUUGAAGAGCCUCAUUAGUUUGGACCUAUAUAACAACAACAUCUCAGGGACCAUUCCUCCUUCACUAGGGAAAUUGAAGUCUCUUGUAUUUUUACGGCUUAAUGACAACAAAUUAACUGGACCUAUCCCUAGGGAACUUGUCGGUAUUUCAAGCCUCAAAGUUGUUGAUGUCUCAAACAAUGACUUGUGUGGAACGAUUCCUACCAGUGGACCGUUUGAGCACAUUCCUUUGAACAACUUUGAGAAAAAUCCUCGACUGGAAGGUCCUGAGCUGCUGGGGCUUGCAAGCUAUGACACAAACUGCUCGUAAAGGACAUGUUGACGCUAUAAAGCUUUGAACUAGAUAUGAAUCCGCAUGAAGUAAUAUGUAAAUCUGUAUACCAGCUCGACUGUAUUAGCAUCUGUAACUCAAUUACCCUACUCCUAAAAUGUUGAAGACGACUAGUAUUGGUGAAUGUAACGGUAGCGACAAGUUUCCUUCUGGUGUGCAUCGUUGGUUUUCGUGGCACUAAAGAAUAUAUAUACUAGAGUAUCUUGACAAAAAAAUAUGUAUAUAUUUUUCUGUUUCAUAUACAUAUAAUAAUUUUCUUAAAAAUAAAGAUAAAUUAUGACAAACUAGUAAAA